AAAACGUGUGUAUUUUAAUAUUUGACAGAUGCAGUCUGUCGCGCUCUAUGUGUACAGCACUUCAGAACAGAGCGCAAUGAGAGAAGAUGUGCUGCGUUGAGUAAUCAAAUACAGUGGAAUUCCCCAUAACGGAUAGUCCUCAAAGCCGGACAUUACUCUCCCAUAAACGCACAAAUUUCAUGAAUGCAACGUUUUAAUUAUUAUUUUCGUACAAAAGCAAUUCCCAUAAUCGGACAUGAGUACUAUCCAAUGACCGGAUACGGACACGUAUUUCAUAAAAUUUGUCAAGAAAAUUGUGUAGAAUUUAUAGUUCUCUCUUUUUAAAUUCUUAUUAAUUUUUGGUGUUUUGAGACAGUUUUCUUUUAAAAACAAUACGUGAAAUGAUCUCAGCAAACAUACUGUCUUGCGCUGGUGCCGUCUGGUUCGCGGGGGCUCAAAGGAAAAAUGAGAUAAUUGUCAUUCAUUCACUCCUAGAUGACAUUGGCUCGCAUUUAUUGUGGAAAUAUACACCACUGGUUAAAAAAUUUUCACCGUCAAAUUUUGAUUGUACUACUAAGGCCACUAAAUAUUAAUAUGUGAACAUUCUUGAGAUAUAAAACAACAUUCUAAACAAAAUUAAUGCUUUCUAAAUUGGUCUCAUUUUUCUUUCGUUUGCUCAUUUACAUGCGUGUUUGCUUCGACAUUAUAUGAAAUGUCGCUUACAUAUGUAUGUUGUUAUUAUUGUUGCUGCAUUUCGUUACCGGCGGUUCUGUUUAUAUUUCCACGUUUCUAAUUUAUAAUUUCCGAUUUCCUUAACUGCUAUGCCGCGAUGAUUAUCACUUUUUCGUCAUCACAUACAUAUUUUCAAUUAAACAUGGACAUUUUCUUUACUGGUCAUGGGUAUCGUUGGAUAUCUUAUUCACUUCGCAAUAGCUUUAGUUAUUGUUAAUAAAGAAGUUAUUCCUACACACGGCAUGCUUUAUCCACGUGAGUCUGAAACUCGUGAAGUACGUUCCUUAGAUGGGCUUUGGAACUUUGUGACAUCUGACGAAGCUAAUCCGACGCAAGGUGUGAGAGAUAAAUGGUUUAAUGACGAUUUGAGUAAGGUAAAGGAUGUUAUACCCAUGCCCGUGCCAGCCAGCUACAAUGAUAUAACUACAGAUAAAGCUAUUCGCGAUCAUGUGGGCACAGUGUGGUAUGAUCGAAAAUUUUUUGUUCCCCGAUCGUGGGCAAAGGAUCAAAGGGUAUGGCUACGUUUCGGUAGUGUACACUACGAAGCCUUUGUGUGGGUUAAUGGAGAAAUGGUUGUUAAGCACGAGAUGGGUCACUUACCAUUCGAAGCAGAGGUAUCAAAUUUCGUAAAAUACGGCGAAGAAAAUCGGAUUACUGUUAUGUGUGAUAAUGCACUAAUACAAACUACAGUGCCUCAGGGAAAAAUCAGUGAAGUAAAAAAGGAUGGAGGAGUUGCUAUAGUUCAGUCUUAUACCUUUGACUUCUUCAACUACGCGGGAAUACAUCGCUCCGUCCAUCUGUAUACCACACCUAAAACCUUUAUUGAAGAGGUUGAAGUGACUUCUAACUUAGCCGAAAAAUCAGUUGGUCAUGUAUACUACAAAGUCAAAGUUAGCGGAACGGCCUCGAAUGAAGCAGACAGUGCUCUACAAAUACAUGUGCAAUUAUAUAAUAAAGAAGGUGUCGUAGUAGCCAAUGGUACAUCGAAUGGUGAUUUAAAUGGUGCACUUGAAGUGAAGAAAGUGAAGCCCUGGUGGCCAUAUUUAAUGCAUCCCGAACCCGGCUACCUCUACCAAAUGGAAUUGCUUUUGUAUACUGCCGAUAACACGCUUCUUGAUGUUUAUCGACUUAAAGUAGGCAUUCGAACACUUACAUGGAAUAAUUCUUCAUUUCUCAUUAAUGGACGCCCAGUAUAUUUCCGGGGCUUCGGGAAGCAUGAAGAUUCAGAUAUACGUGGCAAAGGAUUGGAUUUGGCUUUACUCACCCGCGACAUGAACUUGUUAAAAUGGAUUGGAGCAAAUGCUUAUAGAACGUCCCACUAUCCAUACUCGGAAGAAUCCAUGCAAUUUGCAGAUGAAAAUGGUCUUAUGAUAAUUGAUGAAUGCCCCAGCGUUGAUACAGACAACUAUAACCAAGCGCUUUUGGACAAACAUAAAUCUUCUAUGGAGCAGUUAAUACACCGCGAUAGAAACCAUCCGAGUGUAAUAAUGUGGUCUAUAGCCAAUGAACCCCGUACAAGCCCAUUCCAAGCUGACUCACAUUUUCAGUUCGUGGCUAAUUUUACACGCUCCCUUGAUAGUACUAGACCGGUAACUGCUGCCAUUGCUGUUCCUUCGGCCAGUGACAGAGCUGCAAAGCAUUUAGAUAUAAUAUGUUUCAAUCGUUACAAUGGAUGGUACAGUAAUCCUGGAAAAUUGGACAUGAUUACAACGCAUGUUGUCGAAGAAGCGAUUACUUGGAAUAAAAAACACAAUAAACCAGUCAUGAUCGGAGAAUAUGGGGCCGAUACAAUCGAAGGUUUACACUUGCUUCCAGCUUACAUUUGGUCGGAGGAAUACCAAAACGAGUUGUUCUCAAAGCAUUUUAAGGCCUUCGAUAAACUUAGAAAAAAUGAUUGGUUUAUCGGCGAAUUUGUUUGGAAUUUUGCAGACUUCAAGACAGCACAAUCGAUAACACGUGUAGGCGGCAAUAAAAAAGGUGUUUUCACGCGCAACCGUCAACCGAAAGCAACUGCACAUCUACUCCGAAAGCGCUAUUUUGCUCUUGGACGCGAGUUGGACCGUUGCGAAAUUCCCGAAGAUCUAUUUCUUUACAUCACCGAUGCAACAUCUACAGGGUCGCAUGGCAAACGAGAAACCGCUGAUUUAUAGAAUCGAUUCCAUAUAAAAGAACACAAAAGCUAGUGAAUGUAGUAAAAACAGCUCCAAAUCCAAGUUCAAUUAAGCAUUUAAAGUUUUGUCUUUUGACUGGCUAAAUAUUCAUAUACUACAAUUAAGGAUGAAUGAUUUUGUAUUAAAAAAUAUUUUUAUACGCAUUUAUUAAGCUUUGGUAUACUUAAUGUUAACGGUUAAUAAAAUAUAAAAAAUGUAUUUAUAUUGUACAUUGUAAAUACCCAUAUUUAGGAAAACGAAGGUUCACAUAUUUAUAUUGGAUUAGUGCCCUAAAUUUCAAUCAAAUGAUAAGCUUAUAACAGUGCAGUAAGACUUAAAAGGUAUUUAUUCAAAGUGAGUCAAACUAUAAUUCCAUGUCUAAAGAACACCUCAAAAAAAAUAUAUUCACAUAUACGUAUACA